AUGUCAAAACCAAAAGGAGGUUGGGAAAAGUUAAAAGAAACUCAAAAGAAAAAGAAGAAUGAAGCAGACUUUCUAAAAAAAGUAAAUCCUCUUACAUCGUAUUUUAUACCUAAAUAUACUAACAGUGAAAAUACCAUUAAUAAAGAAGAUAAUAUUAUAAAUACGAGUACAUCGGACUCACAUAAUGUCCCAAGUUUAUCAAAUUCGUUCACUGGUGCUUCUUCUAAAAAUAAUGACGUAAUUGAGUAUUCUAAUGAUCCCGGAGAUUGGAAUUUAACAUCCCAUAAUUUAAUAUCUUACUUAGUAGAAAAAGGGCCGAAAUUCUUUCAAAAUAUAAAUGCUGACUUUUCCUUAACAAAAAAAUAUUAUGAAAAUCCUAAGGUACAUCGUUGUUUGAACAAAACUGCAUUUUUCUAUACAAAGCCGAAUGGUGAUUGUUGUAAUAGAGAAUGGUUACUUUAUUCGCCGACUAAAAAAAUGGUUUAUUGUUAUCAUUGUAUUCUCUUUUCUAAAAAUAACAUAAUGUGUGAUGGGUAUAAUGAUUGGCGAAAUGUUCAAAAAAUUUUUGAAAACCAUGCGAAAAAAGGAUAUCAUGUCUUGGCAAUUAGUAUGUACCUAAAUAGAACGAAACUAUCGGGUAGAAUAGAUAGUGAAUUAGAAAAACAGUUAACCGAAACACGUGGCUAUUGGAAAAACGUGUUAAGACGCAUAAUUGAAACAAUAUUAUUUUUAUCGGGACGUGGUUUACCAUUUCGAGGUUCGGACGAACACUUCGGGUCAAAUCAUAAUGNCCAUUUUUAGCCCAACAUAUCGCUGUACACGGAAAUCAAGGGAAAGGACACACAUCUUAUUUGUCCAAAACUAUUUGUAACGAAUUUAUUGCACUUAUUGCAAACAAAACUCGUACAAUGAUUAUAGAUCAAUUAAAAAAAGCCGGUUAUUUUUCAAUAAGCGUUGAUUCUACUCCUGAUAUAACCCAUAUGGAUCAACUAACUAUUAUUUUGAGAUACGUAAAUAAUGAAGGACCAGUAGAACGUUUCAUUACUUUUAUUCAUAUUACAAGUCAUACUGGUGCAAAUCUUGCUUUGUGUUUACUUAACUUUUUGAAAGAAAAUGAUAUUAACAUAGAAAAUUGUCGUGGGCAGAGCUAUGACAACGCUAGCAACAUGAGUGGGACUUAUACUGGUAUGCAAACAGAAAUAAAAAAGUGCAAUUCAUUGAUUGAUUUUAUUCCAUGUAUUGCACAUUCGUUGAAUCUCGUUGGACAAUCUGCUGUAGACUGUUGUGUUGAAGCAGUUUCAUUUUUCGGUUUUGUCCAAGAAGUUUACAAUUUUUUUACUGCCUCUACCCAACGCUGGGAUAUUUUAAAAAAAACAUUAGUAAAAAACUGUCCAGUUCCUAAAUCCAAAUCAGUUACUAGAUGGAGUGCAAAUGCUGAGGCCGUUAAAGCGUUAUUUUUAAGUUACGAGAAUAUUAAUGAAGAUAUCAGAUUUUAAUAUCAGAUAUUAAUGAAUUAUCAGACAUUAAAAUGGACAUGAAAAUUUAAGACAUAGAAGGANACCCAACGCUGGGAUAUUUUAAAAAAAACAUUAGUAAAAAACUGUCCGGUUCCUAAAUCCAAAUCAGUUACUAGAUGGAGUGCAAAUUCUGAGGCCGUUAAAGCGUUAUUUUUAAGUUACGAGAAUAUUAAUGAAGCGUUAAGAAAAAUUCAAAAUGAUACAUUACAAAAACAACCAACUCGACACCAAGCUUCUUGUUUAAGCUCAAUACUCGGUCAUUUAGAAACUGGCAUUAUGUGUGAAUUAUGGCAUAAUAUUCUCGAACCCUUUAAUAAGUGUAGUAAAAGCAUUCAGAGUGGUAUAAUUGAUUUAUAUACUGCAAUUGACUUCAUUGAAAGUCUUAAAAUUGUCCUUCAAAAUAUAAGAAAUCAAUAUGAUGAAUAUGAAAGUAAUGGUAUGAAAAGAGCUAAGAAUGAAGACUAUAAAUUAACUAGGCAUAGAAAAANUAUUCCGUGUAUUACACAUUCGUUGAAUCUCGUUGGACAAUCUGCUGUAGACUGUUGUGUUGAAGCAAUUUCAUUUUUCGGUUUUGUCUAUAUCGGACCCACGACACAAAAUUAUUGA